UGUAAAUCGAUAUUAUUCCACGUCCUUGUCAAUACUUAUACCGGUUUUUUCCGAAAAAACCGUUGCAAAAAAACUUCUUCUCCCAUCUUAUUGGGAAAAUACGUCGUACCUCGAAUGGGACUUGAAAGGUUGGACCGACUUCAUCCAUAAUACAACACCCAACAAAUCACUGCGAACGUGCCGCAAUUUUUUCGUUGAAGAACUAAAAACGCUAAAAGAAAAUCUAACCCCCGAAACACGUGAAGCAAGAAAAGUCAUAGCUUUAAUCCGAAGUUUAAAGGUUAGUGUUUCACUAACGAAAAGUAAACAUUUCGCUGAAGGCGUUGAAGCCAAUGAAAUAUUCAAUUUUUAUGUUGCUCCCCAAUAUACAGUUACGAAAUUGUAUCAAUAUCUUAUAAAAGGGUAUUAUAUUUAUGUUAAAGGUAACCGCCAAAGCGGAAAGACUACUUCUAUCAUCGCAGCUAUAAAUCUUCUACUAGAAAAGUCAAAUGCCAAUGAAUUACCAGUUCCUGAUCUCGAAAUAUACGUGAUAACAUUUGGUGUCGGGAUUGAUAUAAGAAAUGGAAAAAUGGCUUUUUGGAAGAAUAAGGCGCCUGUUUCAUUCAUAAUCGAUGACUUUUCUAACAUUUUUGAGGAACCAGUAAUUUUGGAAGAACUAAUUCAUACAUUACAGUUUCUUAAGAACCGUUCAACUUAUUGUGUACAUUCGUUUGCACUAGUGGGGGUUGAUGAGAUAAAGAUGCUUCUUAAUCAAUAUAGCGAUCAAUAUGGUGUUAAUCUCGAUAUAAAUGAAAUUGUUGAAGACAUUUUCGAAUGUACCAAUGGCCACAAAGGCCUUGUUGGCGCUUGCUGUAAAGCGAUUGAAACCGAAGUUAUAAUUGGUGAAAAUAAACUAUCAUUUGAUCAAUGGAUAAAAUAUUCCUCUACGAGAUUGAUAAAGUUUAUCAAGGAACUAGGAACAUAUAAGUCAAUUGUUCGUGUUAUUAAAGAUCUUUCAUUGAAACAGAUGGAUAUUAUUGGUUCUGUAAAGUGUAAUGAUGAUGAUGAAAUAUACCGACUUCUCGCGGAAGGAAUUGUUGUUUCUGAGACUAUAGAUGAAGAUUACGUAGAAAUAAAAUGUUCAUCGCCGAUCCUUCCGAAAAGUGAAAUUGACAUCCAAUGGUUAUUAGAAAACACUGUCGAAAACCUCGCUGUUCAGAAUAUCUUCGCACGCCAAGCUCUUAAUGCCGACAAUAAUCCGUCGGAGUACGCAUUCCAGGCUGAAUUUUCAGCUGUUCUCAAAUAUUUACUAUCCAAUGUUUAUCCCGUUUUACAAUAUCGAGUUAUAGUUGAGGCAAAGAAAAGAGAUAUUAACGGUAAUCGACGUAAACGUUUGGACAUUUUUCUUUGUGGGCACAAUUUACCAACAUAUGGUUUUGAACUCGUCGUAAAUAAGAAAAAUUAUGAAGAACACUUGGAUUGUGCCAAUUAUUAUAGGAAUUUACAUGGAUGCUCUAUGUAUAUAGUAAAUCUUUGUACUAAUUUUAUAUCAGUUGAUAUGGUUGAAUCGAGAUAUCCAGAAGUAACUCUCGUUAAUAUUAUGUACGAUAUAAAUAACCGAAUGGCAGAUAUAGAUUAUUACAAUUCAAAAAAAUUAUUAUUGGGUGAUUGA